AUAAGCCACUGCAACAAUUCCUUCUGUUUGAACAACGGAGUUUGCCAAAAGAACCUGACGGCUGAGACCUGCAACUGUACCGGUACCGGUUUCCAUGGUGAUAGAUGCGAGACGGACACCAAUGAGUGUUUGAAUGGCACACAUGGGUGUCAGGGCGGGUCCCUAUGUGUUAACAUUGUGGGCAGUUAUUAUUGUUCCUGU